AUGUCUUCAGAUGGAACUCAGGGACCCGUGCUUGUCCGCGGCAUCAAGGCAGACAAUCCAGCCAAACCUCCUGUGCGCAUGGAAGUGCGCGACAUGAUCAAGGAUCACCCUGAUCAGUGGAAUUUGUAUCUCUUAGGCUUGGAGAGGUUCCAAAACUCGGUGAAGGAAGACUCGCCUCUCUCCUUCUUUGAGAUUGCUGGCAAGUACAAUUUUUUUUAA